AUGUCGAAGAUCCCCACCAAGGACCCGACACCAGAGCCCAGCAACCGGCAAGAAGACGCCGCCACCACCACUGCCACGGCUCACCUCGCAUCGGAGAGGAGACCGCACCCAUGGCCGCCAUCUGCAUCACCAUGGGGCACACCAGAGCAGACAGAAGCAGCGUCCUCUGCCACUGAUGGCAAGACAGAGGGGCUCCACACCCAGCCACGACGCACCCCCGGGUGGGAAGCACGUCACCACCAUGGCCACCACUGCGAAACCACGGCACCCGCCAGCCCCAACGGCAAACCGCUGCAGGCUGAUAGCAAGGAGCACUGCACCAAGGCAGCAGCACCUCUAGACCCGCCCGACGCGCCGCCCGAUGCAGCCACGCCGGCCGCCACCGCCAACACCACCGUGGGCCACCGCCCGAGAGCCCCCACCACCCUCUACGGAGGAGACCGCCGGAGGAGCCACCACACGCAGCAGCAGCGCAGCGCCGCCUCGUGCCGCCGCCGUCCGGCCAGCCCCCGAGCCGCAACAGCCAGAAAAGGGCGCCGAAGCCGGGCCGCCCAGAUCCCGCGCGUAGGAGGGCGCCCCGCCGCCACAGCGCCGCCAGGGCUUUCCCCGACGACGGCCACAGGUGACGGCGAGGGCAGGGGAGACGGGGGAGCUUGCCCGGCUGGCUGGAUCUGGGCGCUCCGGUGCGGCCCGGCUCAGCCGUACGGGAGCGGGAGCGGAUGCGCUCCGGUUUCUUACUUUCCCUGUAGUUUGUGA